CUAUGCUGUAAGAGAUAAUCGAAUGACUCUAAACUGCAACGACAACACCCCGCUAAACACACAAUUUACAGAAAUCUGAAACACUCCUUUCCUUUACCGGUUUACCCCCGUCGUGUGUGUUUGUGGAAUGCGUACAGGCGCUGAGCGUCAGCAGCAGAGAUGGCGAGUGCGUUCAUCCGCUCAUUUGCUUCGUCCAUGUCGCUAGUUGGGUUCCCUCAUCAUCCCUCCAAUUGCGCUAUUCCUCUUCCUCUGAUACGACUCAAUCCUACCUUCAACUCUAAGUUCCCUCACCUUCAUCUCCAUGUCCGCAGAAAUCCUCACCGGUUUUUGUUUCAGGUGAGGUCAGUAGUUUCUCCGGCAGAAGCCUCAGCUGGCUUUGAAGAAAUGACCUCAGGGACCAAGAGGAAGUAUUACAUGCUUGGAGGUAAGGGAGGUGUUGGGAAAACAAGCUGUGCAGCAUCUCUAGCUGUAAAAUUUGCUAACAGUGGGCACCCUACUCUGGUGGUUUCGACAGAUCCAGCUCAUUCACUGAGUGAUUCUUUUGCGCAGGAUCUGACUGGAGGAACAUUGGUGCCCGUUGAAGGGCUUGAGUCUCCACUCUUUGCUCUUGAGAUAAACCCAGAUAAGGCAAGGGAAGAUUUCCGUGAUAUGAGUCAGAGAAAUGGAGGAACUGGGGUAAAAGAUUUCAUGGAUGGCAUGGGCCUUGGCAUGUUAUCAGAGCAGCUAGGAGAGUUGAAACUUGGGGAGCUUCUUGACACACCACCGCCUGGCUUAGAUGAAGCUCUCGCAAUUUCCAAAGUGAUACAAUUCCUUGAAUCACAAGAAUAUAGUAUGUUCACUCGAAUUGUUUUUGACACUGCUCCAACGGGUCAUACAUUGCGACUUUUAUCGUUGCCAGAUUUUUUAGAUGCCUCCAUUGGUAAGAUACUAAAGCUAAGACAGAAAAUUACAUCCGCUACUUCAGCCCUUAAAUCUGUUUUUGGGCAGGAAAAGCCACCACAACAGGAUGCUGCCGGAAAACUGGAGAAGCUACGUGAAAGAAUGGUUCAAGUACGUGAGCUAUUUCGGGAUACAGACUCGACAGAGUUCGUCAUAGUCACUAUUCCAACGGUCAUGGCCAUUAAUGAAUCAGCCAGACUCUCUGCUUCUCUAAAGAAGGAAAAUGUGCCUGUCAAGAGGCUUAUUGUGAAUCAAAUUCUGCCACCAUCGACAUCAGAUUGCAAAUUCUGUGCAAUGAAGAGGAAGGAUCAGAUGCGUGCACUUGAAGUGAUACAGAGUGAUCCUGAACUCGCCCCCUUGACUUUGAUUCAGGCACCACUUGUUGAUGUAGAGAUCAGAGGUGUUCCAGCUCUUAAAUUUUUGGGUGACAUUGUCUGGAAGUGAAGUAUUACAUUAACAGUAUCACAGGGAUACCCUCAAGCCCCAUAUGAUGAACUAGUGAUAUCAAAUGAGAAAGCUCUUUGUGUACUUGCAGCACAUUAUACACACUUGUUAAUAGUUAUCAGAGGACAUUCAUGUUGGUGCUUUCCAGGCACUGCAAAUGAAGUUAUAAUUGUUGAAUAGAAGAAACUAUCUAUACAACUAUAAGAGUAUCAAAUAUUUUUCGAAUUUAGGAUGUAUUCAUUUAUGCCAUAGAAAUUGUUCUAGCAGCAAGUGGUGCGAGGCCGGCUUGUUUUAUCAUCGGCUGUUGAUCAUAACUGCACUAGUCAGAGAGAAAGACCUGAUUAGUUUUUUUUAGUUAAUCCAUGAUUCAUACUGUUUUGCCA